GGGGGACGCCGGGUAACGCCAUUUUCACGCACCGCGCAGUCAGCCAGUCGCCCAGCCAGUCAGUCAGACCAGUCAGCCAGCCGCAGAGAGCAACGGGGAGCUGUCAUCUUCAUGGGCGACUCGUCAACUCGUCUCCCGCCGCCCCAGGAAGCCGCUGUCCGGGUAGUUUGACGCAGCGGUUCCGGCCAUGGACGGGCUCCGACUAAAGCCUGUGUUUUGACAGAUCGGCGUCUAAGAUAUGGAGCUAGCUGGACGGCAGUAGCGGCACUUGAUGCGGUGAAGCUCCAGUCGGCGGAACCUUCCCCCAGCAGGCGGAGACACUGUGGAGAUUCUGUGAUUUUUUUUUUCUUCUUCUACACUUCGCGACCAACAUUGUCCGGUUCCAUUUUUAAUAAACAUUUAGAAAGGGGGAAGAUUAACGUUAAAGCCGGGCUACAUUGGCAACGGAUGUCCCAGAGAACGGAUGCGUGAGGACAUGUCCACCAUGGUGUGCGUGAAGGAGGAGGAGGAUCCUGGAGAGAAGCUGUCUCAGGAUGAGAUCAUCUCCAGGACCAAGCAGGUGAUCCAGGGGCUGGAGGCCCUGAAGCAGGAGCACCACUCCAUCCUGGAGGGCCUGCUGGGGACGCUGCGCUGCCUGAAGCAGGACGAGGAGGGCGUCCUGGUGGAGGAGAAGUCCCACAUGAUCCGCAAGUCCCUGGAGAUGCUGGAGCUGGGGCUGAGUGAGGCUCAGGUGAUGAUGGCGCUGUCGAGCCACCUGAGCUCGGUGGAGUCGGAGAAGCAGAAGCUCCGGGCUCAGGUCCGCCGGCUCUGCCAGGAGAACCAGUGGCUGAGGGACGAGCUGGCCGGGACCCAGCAGAAGCUGCAGAAGAGCGAGCAGAGCGUGGCCCAGCUGGAGGAGGAGAAGAAGCACCUGGAGUUCAUGAACCAGCUGAAGAAGUACGACGAGGACCUGUCGCCCUCUGAGGAGAAAGAUUCUGACUCCAGUAAAGAGAAUCUGGACGAUCUGUUCCCAGACGACCAGGACGACCAGGCUCCAGGCAUCCAGCCGGCUCACGGCAGCGCUGCAGCAGCCGCCGCUCAGCAGGGAGGCUACGAGAUCCCGGCCCGCCUGAGGACCCUCCACAACCUGGUGAUCCAGUACGCCUCCCAGGGCCGCUACGAGGUGGCCGUGCCCCUCUGCAAACAGGCCCUGGAGGACCUGGAGAAGACCUCCGGACACGACCACCCAGACGUGGCCACCAUGCUGAACAUCCUGGCCCUGGUUUACAGGGAUCAGAACAAAUACAAGGAGGCGGCCAACCUGCUGAACGACGCUCUGGCCAUCAGGGAGAAGACUCUGGGUCGGGACCAUCCAGCUGUCGCCGCCACCCUCAACAACCUGGCCGUCCUGUACGGGAAGAGAGGGAAGUACAAGGAAGCCGAGCCGCUGUGCAAGAGAGCGCUGGAGAUCAGAGAAAAGGUGUUGGGUAAAGACCACCCGGAUGUGGCCAAGCAGCUGAACAACCUGGCUCUGCUGUGCCAGAACCAGGGCAAGUACGAGGAGGUGGAGUACUACUACAUGAGAGCGCUGGAGAUCUACCAGACCAAACUGGGCCCCGACGACCCCAACGUGGCCAAGACCAAGAACAACCUGGCGUCCUGUUACCUGAAGCAGGGAAAGUUCAAGCAGGCCGAGACUCUGUACAAAGAAAUCCUCACCCGAGCUCACGAGAGGGAGUUCGGCUCCGUUGACGAUGAGAACAAACCGAUUUGGAUGCACGCUGAGGAGAGAGAGGAACAAAGCAAGGGGAAGCAGAAGGACGGCUCACCCUUUGGAGAGUAUGGAGGCUGGUACAAAGCCUGCAAAGUCGACAGCCCCACGGUCACCACCACCCUGAAGAACCUGGGCGCCCUCUACAGGCGGCAGGGCAAGUUCGAGGCGGCUGAGACCCUGGAGGAAGCUGCGAUGCGAUCCAGAAAGCAGGGUCUGGACACGGUGCACAAGCAGCGCGUGGCGGAGGUCCUGAGCGAACCGGAGGCCCGCGAGAAGCAGCGAAGCCGCGAGAGCUUGACCUCCGACACGGUGAAGUACGAGAGCGGGCCGGACGGUGGCGAGGAAGUGAGUAUGAGCGUGGAGUGGAACGGGGACGGCUCCGGUUCUCUGAAGAGAAGCGGCUCCUUCAGCAAACUGCGAGCGUCGAUCCGUCGCAGCAGCGAGAAGCUCGUCCGAAAGCUGAAGGGCGGCGGCUCGACUCGAGACGGCGAGCCCAAAAACCCCGGCAUGAAGCGAGCCAGCUCUCUGGGCGUUCUAAACGUGGCGGACAAGGCUGCCGUCGACCUCUACCAAGAACGAAAUAAUCGUCUGAGGAAAAGCCGUGACCUGAGUGCCAGCCACACUAAUUUGGCACAUUGAAGGUCUUCAGCUGAGCGUCUUCGCUGUAAAUAGCCGUUUGUGAAGCUUCCUAAACCCCGCCGAGUGCUCACUGUACAGGUUUUGAUCUUAAUCUUUGCACUUUCAGAGGGUUUUUAUUUUAUCAGGACAUAUCUAGGAGGAGGAGGAGGAGGAGGAGGAGUGUGAACGUUCGGCGGCCCGCUGUUGGUUUCCGUCUAAACGUUUGUGCGCGUACUGUAUGUAAAUGUGUGCCGGUGUUCGGUUUAACUGUGUUUUUUGUUGUUUUUUUGCUUGUUUGAAGGCAGAUGCAAGGUGGAGUUUUAGUUUCACCAUCAUUUCUGAUGCAGAGGCGGAACAAUCUGCAGGAUUUACGGGCAGAAAAAUACUUCCUCAGUAGAAAAAUAGCAUUAUAAAGUGACGAAAACACCACGAUGCUCUUUUUCAAGCGACUACACACUAUAUCGGUAACCACUGGCUCAAUUCUACAUCGUCAAGCGCUGCUAAUAAAUGCUAAAAUUUCAGUCCUUUAAAAAAAUGUAUUUUACUGGAUAAAGAAAGUGUUAAGAUUUGUGUGCAUAAAGCUACAAAAACGUUGCUUUUUGUCAAAUUUUCUUUGUCAAAAUUUACUUUAUUAGCUUCCCUGGUUCUGCACAAACACUUUGCCGAUGACAUCCUUCUAUAUUAUGAUGUUUUCUAACCAUCUGAUCCACCAAAGUGGGUAAAUAUCUGCUAAAUUCCAGAUUGUCAAACUGCGAAUAAAUGCUCAAAGCAAUGACGGUGAAGAAAUUUCAGUCCUUCAUGCAGGAAAAUUCAUUUUGUCAAGAAAAAUGUUCAAAUUUUGUGUUUAAAGGUACAAAAACUUUGCUUUUUGUUACGUUUUCUUUGUCAAAAUUUGCUUUUUAAGCUUCUUUCAUUCUGACAUCCUUCUAUUUUAUGACAUUUUCAAACCGUCUGAUCCACCACAGAGGCUAAAUAUCUGCUGACUGAUGCAUCUGGACCAACAACCAAUGACAAGCCUUCUAUAAACAGCAUCAUCAACCAUUCAGACCAAUGGGGUUUGAGAUAUCUGCAGCUCCUCUGUAACUGAGGUUUGCUCAUGAAUGAAGAAGUUUCAGUCAGAUUUUGGCUAUGAAGCUCCAAAAACGUUGCUUUUUGAGGAAUUUUCUUCAACAAACAUAUAGUUUAUUAGUUUCUCUUGUUUGCUGUUUCUUUUUGAGCUUCGUCCACUGAGGUUUAACUCGACUAACGCCUCUCAGAAAUGAUUUAUUUUGAACUAAAACUCUCACCUCUGCACUGAAAAACAGUCCACCAAUGACGUCUUUCUGUAGGCUGACCCGGACGUUAGCUUAGCUUAGCUUAGCUUAGCUCCGUGUUCACUCUGAGUGUGGUUUUAGGAAACAAACUGAUGUUUUGCCAUAUUUAAACCUUCGUCUCCGCUGCUUCUGUUCCGUCCUGCGCUGGUUGGAGAUUUUUGAUGUCUGAAGUUCUGUUUACAUUUUGGGGUUUUGUAAAUGAUGCGUUUCGUGUCUUCGCUGCUCUGGAAAGUUUCUUUUUUUUUUUUUUUUUUAUAAUAUUUUUCUCGGAGCGGUUCGGUUUUAUUGGCACAUGAAGGCGGCCGACUCUUUCUCAGGAUCGAGGCUCGAGUUUCUCUCACUGAACGCAAAGUUUGACGUCGCUCCACACGAGACAACACUUUACUGAUGGUAGAGUGGAACCAAAAAAAAACAGAAUUAUUUAACAGAUUACUGCAGAUAAUAAAUAUAUAUAUUUGCUAUCACCAAAAUAAGGAGCGCUCCUCCUAUGUUAGCUGGAUUUAGUAAAACAGACACUGUAAACUAGAAAAGCUGGAAGUUCUGCAUCACGGAUCCGACUGCAAACUGAAAUAUUGAAGGAUUUAUCGUCAAAACGUAAGAACACGUUGAACUGACUGAUUUAAUAUCCGAGUUUGUGAUUAUACGCUCUUUUCUGAAGCUUUUAGCUGACCUUCACUGUGCAUUCAUGCCGCUUUUUAAAGGACAGAUUAGUAUUUAGCAUAUUUAUAAUCUUAUAUUAGUGUUGAAAUUGAACUUCAGCAACAAACAGCAGAUUAAAGUUCACUUAAAUCCCUUAAAUUCACAUCCAGGAUCAAGCGCCUUCUUAAAGAGCACCAACAGGUGGGUUAUUUAUUUUCGUACUUUGGAUUUUACAGUCAGAAAUAAAAAUAAAAUAUAAUAAAUGUCCGUUUAUGUCCUUUUAAACCACUUAAUACAGAUUUUUACUACGUAGACGUGUACAAAAAAACACGUUAAAUAAUCAGUAGAGACUAAAAUUCAGCGUCAUGGAUGAAGUUGUCCAUAAAAUUCUUUCAAAAAUAUUUUUAGAAUUGGAAAAUCAAUGUGAAAUGAGGUGACAUGAAUGUAGUUUUGCUUUAAUAUUGAGAACAAUUUUAAAUCAGCGGCCAAAAUUACUGUAUAAAUUUUAUGGUUUUAACAAAAAAAAACAGUAAAUAUGAAUUAAUGAAGGCGACAGAUUCCACAGCUGCUUCAGAAUAUCGUUUGUACGUUUAGAGAAGCCGAACUUGUCCGUUGUUUAUUUAAUUUAGUGAAUAAAAAUUACAUAAUUCAGCGCUAACUUCAGUCUUUUUUUCUCAGAUAAAGGAAAAAAGGAGAAUUUAUAGCAAAAGUCCAAAUAAAAAACACUAAUACGGAUGUUUGAGCUGAAUUUACUAAGAUGUCGUACAUAUAUAUUGAAUUAAAAAAGCAUAUUUUUGUAAAGAAUAAGGAAGCCAAAGUUAUGAAAAGUAUAGUUUUUGUUGUAACACACAAGUUACUUUCUAAUUUUGUAAUAAAUUCUGCAACAAAUAACAUAACUAGUGUGUCAAAGUUGCUCAAAUAUAGGUCAAAAUUUCUCAAUUAUUGGUCAAAGAUGGUAAAUUAUGGGUCAAAGUUGCUGAAUUGUUGGUCAAAGUUGUUCAAUUUUCUGUCAAAGUUGCUCAGUUGUAGGUUAACGUUGCUUAAUUGUGUGUCACAGUGUCCGUUAUUGGCGAAAGAUGGUAAAUUUUGUGUCAAAGUUGCUGAAUUAUUGGUUAAAGUUGCUCAGUAACAAACAGAAAUAUCUCCAAUAAUCUGGUUUAUCGUUGAUCUUUAGGGAGUUCUACGGUUUUCUAGAAACAUCUUCAGUUUCUUCACGUCAGAAAUCUCUUAAAGUAAUGAACAUUUUAUCGAUUAUUGAUUUGUCUCUUUGCUGAACUAGAAAUUGUCUUAUGUUUUUUGUCAGGACUGUACAAUAAAAGAAAAACUUUAUCUGAUAUUUUACACUUAUGUCUAAAUUCAGUAGAAACGUCUGCGCCGAAGAACUCAAUUAAUGUGAAUUAAUAUUAGUUUUCUGUCGUAGUUUCUCAAAUAUCAAAGAAGUACAAUGAGGCCCUGACUGUAAAUAUCAAACCUCUGCCUUCUUUUUUUUGAAUAUCUCAUUUUAGGAUUCAUUGUUUUCUUUUUACUGUUGAUUUUGUUGCUUCGUGUCGACUGUUGAUCGGUCGGAUCUUCAACCUGCUUCGUGUUUUUAUUCUGUCUUUAUUUUCUUAACGUUUGAGGCACAUAAACGAACAGAGCAACCGGUGAAGAAAUCUGUUAACAAUUAAAUGCAGUUGACGCAGAACAAACGUGGAAGCAAAGAAAAAACGCAAUAUUUUAUAUUUUAGAAGCAGCUUAAUACUGGAGAAAUCCUGAAAAAUAACCACUAGAUGUAGAACGUUUUGAUCUGUUAACCACUACAAUGUAAAUAUUUAAAAUGGAGUUUCUGUGAUUCUAAUUUUCCCUCAAUUUGUAAACAAACUCAUGAAUUUAAAGCUGCAUAUCUUUAAAUUUCUGUUGCAAAAUUAAACCGGUUAGUCUGGAUUUUCCUGCCCAAAUACACACUUUUUUAAAAAAAAAUACUGACUAAAUGCUUUAAAUUCUGUGGUUGCCUUUAAAAUAAAGUUACACUUUUGCUUCCGUAGUUUUGGGUCAAGAUUUAUUAUUAUUAUUAUUUACUGAAAUUUGGGGAUUUUAUUGUGUUUUACAUUUUAUUUAGGAAAUGUGAAGGUAUUCAUAAUGUUUAAAAAAAUCACAUUUCACCACCAAAACAAUCCUCAUUGUCCGUUUACGGGUCAAAGUUGCUGAAUUUCAUGUCAGAGUUGCCCAGUUGUAGUUCGUACUUGCACAAUUUUGUGUCAGAGUUGCUGAAUUAUUGCUCAUAGUUGCUCAGUUUUAUGUCAAGGUUGACCCAUUAGAGGUCACAGCAGUUAAAAUAUAGGUCAAAGUUGCCCAGUUAUUGGUCAAAGUUGCCCAGUUAUUGGUCAAAGUUGCCAAGUUAUUGGUCAAAAUUGCCCAGUUAUUGGUCAAAGUUGCCCAGUUAUAAGGUCAAAGAUGGUAAACUUUAUGUCAAAGUUUCUCAAUUUUAUGUGAAAGUCACCUAAUUAUAAGUCAAAGUUGCUGAAUUAUUGAUCAUAGUUGCUCAAUUUUAUGUACGAGUUGCUCCAUUGUAGGUCAAAGCAGUUAAAAUAUCGGUCAAAGUUGUCCAGUUAUCGGUUAAAGUUGCCCCAUUGUGGUUUAAAGUUACCUAAUUUUAUAUCAAAGCUGCUCAAUUAUAGGUCAGAUUUACCCAAUUGUAUGUCAAAGUUGCUCAACUAUAGAUCAAAGUUGCCUUGUUGUAGGUCAAAAUGACUGAAUUAUCCGUCAAAGAUUGUACAUUUUAUCUCAAAGUUCCUCUUUUAUAUCAAAGUUGUCUAAUUAGAGGUCAAAGUUGCUGAAUUAUUGAUCAUAGUUGCUUAAUUUUAAGACACAGUUGCCACAUUAUAGGUCAAAGCAGUUAAAUUAUAGCUUCAAGUUCCCCAGUUAUCAGUCAAAAUUGUCUCAUUGGAGGUUAAAGUUGCCAAAUUUUGCAACAAAGCUAAUCAGUUGUAGGUCAAAGUUGCCCCGUUAUAGGUCAAAGAUGAUACAGUUUAUGUAUAAGUUGCUCAAUUUUGCAUCAGUUGCUCAAGUAUUGGUCAAAGUUGCUAAAUUAUUGAUCAUAGUUGCUCAAUUUUAAAUCAAAGUUGCACAAUUAUAAGUCACAGAUGGCAAAUUUUAUGUCAGACUUGUUCAAUUAUGGGUCAAAGUUGACCAAUUUUACAUCAUAGUUGCCCCAUUAUUGGUCAAAGUUGCCCAGUUAUCAGUUAAAGUUGCCUGAUUAGAGUUUAAAGUUGCCUAAUUUUAUAUGAAAGUAGCAUAAUUAUUUGUAAAAGUUGCCCAGUUGUAUGACUUUAUGUCAUAAUUGCUCAAUUUUAAGUCAAGUUGCUUAAUUAUGGGUCAAAGCAGCUAAAAUAUUGGUCAAAGUUGCCUCAUUAUAGUUUAAAGUUGCCUAAUUUUAUGUCCAAGUUGCUCAAUUAUAGGUCAAAGUUUCUGAUUUAUUGGUGAAUUCCAGGUCAGUUUUAGGUCAAAGUUGCUCAACUUGUUGCCGUCCGUCACUGAGUCCUGAACUCAGACUUCUGAUCCCAGAAUCCUUUUUAAACUGAUGUUGUUGACAUGAGUGUAAAUUCUGCGUUUGCUGAAAACAGAUGAAUUUUAUUUGCCUUCCUCUGUGUUUCUUUUUGAAGCGGUGAAGUUUAAAAUCUCUGUCCGUCCUUUUGUUGUCGUUUUCAUUCCUGUCAUGAUGAGUCGUGAUGAUUUGUGGAGCGGUUUUGUGGACGUUUGCUGCUGGAGACUCCCAGGAUUCAGUUUUAGAAAGAAACACAAAAGAAAAUAUUAUUUAGGCAGACGGAAACAAUGAGGAAGUAGCUAAAGUACACUGUAAAAAAUAUAAAAGAAGACAUGAUUAAAAAAACUAUCUAGCCGCAAAAAUAUGAUGAAAAAUGAUGUAAAAAAGUCUGAAAAUAACAGCAAAUAUCUGGUAAGGACAUUUUUCCAGUUUAUAUGGAGUAGAAACAAAUACUUCAAUUUCAGUCAAACGUUGUAAUUAAACAAAUUCCUUUUUCUAAAAAUACUUAUUUUUAUUGUUGACAUUAUUUACAUUUUUUGCCAGUUUUUGUGCUAAAAAAGUGAGUUAACACAUUUUUUUCUGUGAUUUUACUGAUUAUUUAUAAUUUCACAGAACAAAUGAACAAAAUCUGUAAAAACAACAAAAAAAUACAGUUAAAGUUUUAAAAUAUCCACAGCGUACUCUACAUGUUGAUGAUUUAUAAUUUAGUAAUUAAUGAAUGCUUUAUUUUAAACCAAAAUAUAUGAUGCAUUCAAGGACCAUCGGAAAGUAGAAAACUUGAUGAUUUUUUUUUUUCUGUUUUUACAUUUUCUUGCUUUGACAGAUGCUGCAGUUUUGGCGAUUUUAUUUAAACAUAACACACCUUUAAAACCCUUCAGCAGGAUUUAAAAAUAUUAGAAUAUCAACUCAAAGGAGGAAAGUGAUUAAAAUGAACGUUUGUAAUACUUUCUCAUCACGCUGCUCGGUAACCAUGGCGACACAUUGGAUGCUGCUUCCUCCUCACCUUCAGCUCCACAAGUCAGACGCUCCUAAAUCUGAAGAAUCCUAAAAACAAACGCUUGAAUGUAACGUGAGAUCAUUCUCUGUAACGCUCCUCCAUGCUGACUGUGUUUGCAGUAAAUAAACGUUCCUGGUUCUGACUGGUUCUGUUAAACUGGUUCUUCGUUACGGCGCCGUUAGAGAGUAAGGAGGUCACGAACUGUGAUCAGGACAAGGACACGGGCUGAAGUUCCAGCAGAUUAUUUUAUUUACUCUCUGGCUGCGCUGUGGCUGAGGAAAGGUUGUCUGCAGAUUUGUUUUGUGAUGUUAGUCCGGCGAUUCCUUGUACAGCUUUUACUGGAUUUGAAGAAUAAAAUGGUCAAAUUCA